AUGUCGGCGGCGAAGGUCAAAUCGGCCGCCCUCUCCGUCACUCACAAGUGCCGGAACAUCUUGGCCGCCGGUUGGGAAGCCCACCUCAACACUGUCAUGGCCGACGCCAAGGGAAGCAAGGAUAAGAUUUACACGUCGAGGGUGCACUACAUGAUACAGAAGGGGACGCCCUACCUGAUUGUCCCUGAGAAUGACAUGCACAACAUUAACAUUAUAAUCGACGAGCGGGGGUCUCUUGCAGUAUGCAGUCCGAUCCGUGGCCGAGUUGCGAGCUUAUUGAAGUCACUGAAGAAGACGCCUCCUCGUGUUGCUAUGACUGGUGAUGUUCUGCGCCUGAAAGACUCAAAGGUUCCAAUUAUUGCUGAUAGCCUGAAGAAAGCUAUUCUGAAGGAACACGAAGCUGCUAGUGGCGCUAGUUAUGGAGUGUCAGCAAUACUGUCUUCGGCGGGUGCUACCUGCAGGUCACGGAGUGAGGGCCUCCUUAGUCUACUCAGUGAGGAGAGCUCUUACAGCAUCUUAAAAUUUGACAUAGGUUCAUGUGUCUACAUAGACUCCAGUGGGAGCAGCGAUAAUAUUGAAUUGGACAGCUUUGAACCACCAAAAGCAGAUCUGCUAAUGCCAUUCUCUGCGAAACUUGUGGAUGGUAUCAACCGAAAUGACUCGAGGAGGAGGGCACUGAUGAUUUUCUGUUUUGAGUAUUUUAAUGUGAUAGCAAGAAGCGCUGUCAUGCUUUCCAUUGACCACCACGGUUUUGAUGUCCUCGCCAAAGUGCCUGAAAGAGCCAUCCUUACUGAUGUCCCUCGACAAUACCACUGGAAGGAGUUCAGGUUCACAUUCAAGGAACCAGCCAAGGAUGCUGAGGACUUCUGCCGCAUGCUGAUUGGGUUAGAGGAAGAGGUUUUGCAGAGCGUGAAGAGCUAUAGUGGUUUAGGGUGA